AUGGCGGCUGUUCCCAAAGACUAUCGAGAGCUACUGUCUGAAGAUGAGGGGAAGACAGUGACCAUCGUACAUUAAGUUCCAUUGAAUCAAAAGAACAAACUCCUCAUUGCACUUCUUGUGCUUUCAUGCUGCGCUCACCUUCUAUGGCCAACCUUCUGGUUUUUACAUUUGCAAGCUAAGAAAACAUCGCACAACCCCCGUGAAAAGUCACUAUAUGCUGGUCUUGAGCGAGAUGUUCCAAUCCCUUUUCGUGAUGAUGGGAUGUUCGUUCAUCAGAACCAGGUUAUAGCUGACGCCACGUGGGAUAACUGGGCUGUUGACCCAGGAAUUGUGGCUUUACCGCACGAGUGGGUGAAAGGUAUAGCUCAUUCUCUAGCCUCUCACAAAGAGCAUUUGUUAACGUUCUUUUAAAGAAAGAAUGCUUCCACAAGCCCAAAAUUGGCCAUGUGAUGGAGAAAAAGGUGUCUAAUUACUGAAUGGUUAUCACACUCUUCACUGUCUUGUAAGUUGAUUCUGAGAUCAAUAUCAAGUACUAGCUAAAUCAUUCAGCAACUGAUCCGCAGAAGUCUCAUUGAUUCUGCAGAAGGCAAGCAACUUGUUGAGGAUGGAAGGAAAUGGCUGACCCAUAAUCUUCAUUGUAUUGAGUCACUUCGUCAGGAUACACUUUGUCAUGCAGAUGACACCCCUCGUUACAGCGGAUACUCAAAGAAAGAGGUUUCUGGAGUGAUGCAAAUGAGAAUUUGCCGGAGUUGGGACAAGUUGGAAGCGUGGGCUAGAACACAUACUGCUUGCUACCGUGAUAUUGGAAGGGAAGUCAAGGGGUUUCCGCAGAUUGAGAAGUACAAAUUCUGUCCAGAAGGUUAUGUUUUUUCGGCAACGGGAAGCCCUACACCACCCUGGAAAACAGUCUCUGGAGCGUCUAUGCCAGGAGAAGAAUAGAUAUAAGAACUGUGUAUCUCUUUACUUUGUAGACUUUUUGAACAAUCACAUGGCAAAGACACUUGAAGCCUCC